CUGACUUUCUAAAGGACAUUGAGAGGAGGUUUCAUUGUGGCCUGGGGGGUCAUGAAGAGAUGUGGAGAUAGGCUUUUUAUUUAUAUCCUGUUGGUACUUCUUGCUUUAACUUUCAGUGCUUAUAUCACGGUGCAGAACUAAGUUUGCAUGAAGUUUAUGUUGAUUAGAAUUGCUGAAUUUGUGACGUUACAUGGCAACAACUAGUUUGCUGUCCCCGGUGUGGAAAUAGGGAAUAGUUUUACACCCUGCCUUACUUUAAAACUCUUUCUAGGUUUAUUCUCUUAAAAUUUGUAUUUAAAUUAUCCAUGUAUUUACCAAACUGCACAUAUCCGUCAAAGUUUGACUUCGGCUCCACUACUUCGCCGUUUUUAACGGAGAACGGCAAAGCUUUGCCGGACCAUAACACCGCUUCAGCGAGGAGACUGUCCGAGUACCGGGGUUACUGCUACCAUGAGCCACGACAGCAGUAUCCUCCGCCAGGCAAAUGGACCCUCUACCAGGCCACCUCUCCGCCGCCAUCGUUAAACUUGCCGGGGAAAGCUGUUUAUCACGAGUACCGGGGCUUACGGUCCCAGUCGGAGACGAUAUUCAACCGCAGUAAAGACAGCUUUUUGUACGGUGGAACGGUUUACGGCGCAUCUGAUCCCCGUUUUCACGCUCAUGCGUUUGCCGGAGACCCGUGGAGUUUCCCCGGAAGAUACAAGACGUACACCCCGGACUCACAAUUCACGGCAGGCCCAAGCAGAAUCCUGCCGCCAGUUUUCGACCAGUUUUUCGAGAACUACGCAGAAGACGCAGAGGAUCAGAAAGCGGGCACUGCAGCUGGGAACCAACGUGAAAAGGAGACGCUUCGGUCCGAGUGGACGAACUGUCACAGCGGGGAGAGGAGCGAGGUGAGGGCGGGGUCAGAGUCACUCCUGGCUGGGAAGGAGGACGAGGAGGAUGCGCCGUCAUCCAGCGGAGGUGGAGGAAACAGCAAGCAUGACCCGACAAUGCCUCCUGUGAAAAGGAAGAAGCGUUGUCCUUACUCCAAAGCAGCAGAUCAGAGAGCUGGAGACAGAGUUUCUAUUCAACAUUUACAUCAGCAAGGACAGACGCAUGCAGCUGUCCCGCCUUCUGCUCCUCACAGAUCGACAGGUGAAAAUCUGGUUCCAGAACAGAAGAAUGAAAGAGAAGAAACUGAAAAGAGAGAGACUGCAGUACUACGCACGAUACCAACUGUUCUGAUGGAUGGAUGAGGGUGAAGGAAGUGCGAGAUGGUCCCUUAAACUGUGUGCCAACUCUGCAAACACCUCCCAGCACUAUUUCAUUCCAAUCACAUAGGCAGGUUGACAAAUAAAUAAACCCUGUUCCUUCUAAAGGAGAACUCCAAGGCUCAGAUUUAGGUCCCUUGUUUUUCUGGAGCACCAACACAGCAUCAGAAGCAGCAACUUCUCUUUUAAAUAUUCUGUCUCUCUUUCAUCAAGAAAACAUUCAAAAUGCUCCUCUUUCCUCAUUUGAACCCAACUUCCCUCUGAAGUCAUGUGGCCUACUGUGAAUAAAUUAACCCUCUCUCUGCCUUAGACACUCAGAGAUGGGGACAUUCAUUCUUUGAAAGCAAAUAGGUAAACAUCAAAUACAGAUAUAGCUCCUUAUCUAUCUAUCUAUCUAUCUAUCUAUCUAUCUAUCUAUCUAUCUAUCUAUCUAUCUAUCUAUCUAUCUAUCUAUCUAUCUAUCUAUCUAUCUAUCUAUCUGUCUAUCCAAAUCUGCUUGCUGUUCAUGUGAAUGUGUUUAUAACUGGCAUGCAUUAAUACAUUUUGACAAUACAAUUAACUCAUAAAACUAAAUGUAACUUUCAAUUUAGCAUGAAUUAUUUUAGGCAAGCACAGACAAUCAUUCUGAUAUUUGAUAAUGGUAUCUACUAUUCUUGAUGUCAUGUGUGUGCUUUGACAUUGUUCUUGCAUUUAUUGCAAGAUUACACAAUUUGAAUUUCAAUAUCUAUUAUUAUUAUAUACAAGCACACCUAAUAAAUGAAGAGAGUAUAUUAAAAAAUUUGACAACCUGAAAAGAGGAGGUUUUUGAAAUCAGCCAGAAAGUGUGUAAACCUAAAUGUGAUGUAAUAAAUUAAAGUUGUGAAAGGCACAAACUAGUAAAAACACAAGCUUCACAAACGUUGUUUAACUCAAAUGACAGUUUGUUAAAAUGGCAUCCGAAGCCAUACACAUGAUGUUCUCUUAAUGUUUUUGUAUAGCAAUAAAAUGAAAUGAAUGUCAUGUGUGAUCACUUCUGCAAACAAAAAAGUACACCCAGAAGCACAUUUAAAUAGGCUCACAUUUUAGUUGGAUGAUGCCUAAAUCGUAAACACAACCAUACAAACUGAAAAGCAGGUUAUUAUGCCCCCAGGUUACAAUACUAUAAAAUGCAACACUCAGAAACUAAAGAAGAAAAUAAGUAAAACCAGAGAGCAGGUUUUUUUUUUUUUUUUUUUUUUUGGUAUGUAUCCUCUCCUUUUUCCACUCUGGGGUCCCGACCCAGACUUUGAACAACAUGGGACCAGACAGCAGAAACACACAGUGAGUCCAAGGCUGCUAAUGAACCUUGAACCGCAAACUGAUCACAACACACCACACCGCCACAAAACCACCAUUCCCUCAGCUAAAUUACUUUUAUUGGGGCAAUACAGACAGUCUGCUGUCUCCCCUGUUCUUUGUCUCACACAUUCACUCAGUCUGUGUGUGAGCGGGACUGUGCAUGAGUGUGUAUUUGUGUGUGACGUAAAAGGAAAGAGGGAGAUGAAAGGAGAGAUUGUGUUUCUGGUUGGAACUAAAGGCAUUCAACCUAAUGGCCCUCAAUAAACCUGACUACAGGCCUGUUGAGCCACUGA